UGGUCGUCUUCCGCCAGAUUUAGACGUGUUGUCUUGUGAUCCUAGCCAAUCGCCGUUAUAAUCCUCACAGUGUGAGACAAACUCCUUUACGAGUUUUCGAAUUAAUUCACAACUUUCUCUUCUGUGUCUCUCGCGUGUGUGUGACACAAACCACGAAUUUCGGACCUCUUCGGUAUCAACAAAAUCUGUGUCGUCUGCGAGAUCUAAUUUUCAUCAAUACUUAUCGAAUCGUUUUCGGAGUUCUAACUUUGGUUUCACACCGUGUAUAAAAAGUUAUAAAACACGUAUAUGUACAUGCAUUAAUAAUAAAGAAACAGCACAGCUAGAAGUAUGACUUUCAGUACUCAGCCUCAAAUGACUUCCGGUUGACAUUGAUGUAGACCUCUAAGGACGUCAGGUAGGCAGAAAGAGACAGCAAACUCUACGUCCGCUCUCGUCUACUGCCCGAAGACAGCUAAAGCGCUGAGCACAUACGUACGCGAUUCUCGCUUGAUGCGUCAUCCCCUCCACUACGGUGAGCCCGUGAACCGCGGCUGCAAAUUGUUAUCUCUGCGCCGGAACGAUAACUUCCAACUGACGGUCAUCGCUUCAGAGAGUGAUCGAUCGGAGAAAAAAUCUGAAGAAUCAAGGAAAGGAAAUUUUACCCCAUAUAUUCAGUUGAAGACAUUGAAUGAUAGCGAGGACAACGCUGAAAAGCCUCUUGUGCCGCUAUGCUGUCAUAUUGAUGCAUUUCUUAUUAAAGACGAAUGUGUGAAAGAUGCAGCGAAUGAAACGAAGGCAUUACAGUUCCCAACUAUUUAUGGAACCAAUCUUACCGUACCGUUAAACAUCACCGUGAAUGAUCUCCGAAAGCAUUUCUCGUUCGUGGUACAGCAUCCAUGCGAUGGGAAUCGAUCUCUCCUGAUUCCACACGUUCACAAGACCGAGUGGUAUCUCCUGUCAAACGGUUCCAUAAUACGAGCCUUAGUUUUUGAUAAGUCGGAAGAUCGUCUAUUGAAUUAUCAUGAAUAUUGUUUAGCGAGGGUAAAAAAACAAGAAUAUCUAUUGGUCCACGAGUACCUAUUGGUCCACUGUUUAAAUACAAGUCAAGUAGAAGAAGAAGAAGAGAAGGAAAAACAAGAAGAGGAGGACGACUUAGUAGUGUAUUUUUACGCACUAGUUAUUUCUGUGCCAUUUCUGAUCGCUACGUAUCUUGUGUACUGGCUACUGCCCGAUCUGAAUAAUCUGCACGGUUUAACACUGCGGGGAUAUGUCGGCUGUAUGGCGAUAACGAACUGCAGUUUUGCGAUGCAGCUGGUACCGCAUGAAUGGCUUUCUGAAGUCUUCUGCAUCGUAAUCGCUCUCAUCAUCAUCUCUUCAUUUUCGGCAAGUUUCUUCUGGCUAAAUGUGAUGUGCUUCGACAUUUGGUGGACAUUUGGACGAAAACCUCGGCCAUUACAAGGAAACAUAAAGCAACGAGAGAAAAAGAGAUUUAUGAUGUAUUCGAUCUAUGUGUGGGGAGGCGCCUUCAUUCAUACUGUCAUUUGUAUUAUAAUGGAUUUCACUUCAAUUCUACCGAAUGACUCUAUCCGGCCAGAAUUGCAUAUGUGUUGGUUCAAUACGAAUGCAGCAGAGCUUCUGUACUUUUGGGCACCCAUCAGUAUUAUUAUCGUCUGUAAUAUGUGCCUGUUUAUACACACAGCGUUGAAAAUUCGGAGCCUUAGAAAAAAUAUAGCUCAACAAUUACAAGGUUCGGAAUGUAGGCGUCACGAUGACAAUAGGCAACGGUUCAGCUUAUAUUUGAAGUUGUCCGUGGUAAUGGGUUUAAGUUGGUCUAUGGAGAUUAUAUCGUGGUUAAUGGAAAUGCUAAUAAAUAACCUGCCGGAGUGUAUCUGGUACAUCAGUACUUUAUCAAAUAUCUUGCAGGGUCCUAUCAUCUUCAUUAUAUGCGUUUGGAAUAAUAAGACCUGGCAUUUGUUGCUCAAACGAUUGGGUUGCCAGAAUCGCGAUUUGUUUUGCAGAAAAUCGACAAACAGUAAUAGCUCCAAUCCGAUGUCGAUGCAGAAGAUUUCUACAUACAGUCAAACAUGCCAUGCAAAAAAUUCACCUAAUUAAACUUAUUAUUAACACCGUAACGUAACCAACAUUUGUACAAAAUUUUGUUUGAAUACAAAUGCAAUUACUUGUACAUUAUAUGUAUAUUGCAAAAUGUUACAGUAUAAAACAUAAAAUUUUGAAGAAAAUGUUACGUGAAAAUAUACUAUACUUUUAUUGAUCAUAAUAUUAAUUGUACAACUUAAUAAACAAAUAUUUCAUAUUCUCAUUUCUCUUUAUAUUCAUUUUCACUGUGUGGAUGUUUAAUCAAUGCUUCCACUGUAUGCAUUUGAUAUUUCCUAAGUACUAUGUUUAUAUGUAUAGACAGAUGAAAACUAUAUAUUUAUAGACUAAUUUUUUAUAUAUUAUGUAGAAUAUUAUGCAAUUAUGUAGAAACAUUUAUUACUAUUAAAUACUACGUAAUGCAAGUGCUGAUUUACAUGUCAAAUUAAACUAACGUUUUAAUUAUAUGCAUUAUAAUAUUACAAUCGUAUUUGCAAAGAACCUGAGAAACCGACAUUUAAGAUUGACAGAAAAUCUAUGUCAAAUAUAUAUAUGUUAAUUAAAUUGUUUAUAAUAAUAAAUAGCAGAGACAUG